AUGAGUUUGAGCAAUGGAAGUUGGACCUCAACAACGAUGAGAAAUGGUAGAUACAGAGGUCUGAGUGAUACAAAACCAGGGAUUCCGAAGAAGUGUUGUUGUGGCUGUGAGGUUGAGCUUCGCACCUCUCUGAUUGAACCAGGAAGAAAGUUUUACAUAUGCACCAGACCUGUAUCGAUUCCCGGACCACAUGUUAAUAAGUGGUGGGAUGAAGCAGUUAUGGAGGACUUACUGGAGAUUAAGGGAAAAAUGGAAGACCAGGACAAGCAGCUCUUCCAAAUCGCUAUGGAUUGUGGACGUGUGGACAAGCUUGUUGAUGAGGUUGAGAUGCUUAAGGAUUCAGGGGAAAAACAUGAAAACAAAGCUGCCAAUGAGUUCAAGAUUGCUGUGGUGUUUGGUGUUGUGGUGAUGAUCAUGGCUAUGAUCAUCGCCUUCUUAAAGUAG